UUACUGGAACCUCAUUACCUUGGUAACCUCAGUUGUCUCUUGUUCAUCAAUAUAAAUAUUUAUAUUGUUGCUUAUUUAUCACAAUUCCACUGACAGUGUCUUAUAUAUUUAUUGUUAUAAAUUAAAAUUAAUAAUUUAAAAUGCCAUCACGAGCAGAAGACAUUUUAAAAGGAUUUCAAGUAAAUUGGAUGAAUUUACGAGAUGCGGAUACGGGAAAAGUUUUAUGGCAAGGAAAUGAGGACAUAUCGGUACCUGAUGUGGAACACGAGGCGCGCGUACCUAAAAGAAUAUUAAAAUCCCGCGCGGUUUCAAGGGAAAUAAAUUUCAGUUCGAUUGAGCCGCUGGAAAGGUUCAGGUUGGAACAGAAGGUUUUAUUCAAAGGACGUUGUCUGGAGGAAUGGCUCUUCGAAUUCGGCUUAGUCAUACCUCAGAGUACCAACACGUGGCAGAGUUUAAUGCAAGCGGCUCCAGAAAGUCAGAUGAUGCCGGCGAAUGUUCUUAAUGGGAACAUCGUAAUCGAGACGAAAUUCUUUGAUGACAACUUGCUAGUAUCGACAAGCCGAAUGCGCCUUUUUUACGUUUAAAGUACAAAGAAAAAACAAAUUAAUAUAUCAAACUAUUCCAUUAAUUUUUUAAAAAAAAAAUUAAUAAUCGAUAUUAAAAUUAAUUUAUAAGUAGUUAAUUAAGGAUAGCCACUGUGAGGAUCGAAAAAAUAAGUGUUUUUCAGGAAUUUUUUUUUACUGGGAUAGUAAAGGAAUUUGGGGAUCGGGGUUUUGUUUUUGUUUUAUAAAGUAUACAUUGAAGAUAAUUCUCCUAAAUUUUUAUUAAAAAAUAUCAUGCUAUUAUAAUGAUAUACACAUUUUUGUGGAGCACCACAAAAAUUUCCCCCACCACGGUGUCAUCUCUAACUCAAAAACGGAUUAUCUGAAACAAAAAAACCAAGUCGCGCUGUAAUCUGUAUGCAUAAAAAAAAAAUUGUUAAUCGGUUCA